AUGUUCGGCACCGCAACACAGGCACCAAACUGCGCUGAGUGGACACCGUGGGGACCGUGCAUUUGGCUGAAGGGUAAAAAUCCCAGAUGGCAGCGAUCGUAUUUUGAUCAACUUCUGCCUGGUCGAACUGGAUGUCGAGAGCAUAUCUUCUUCAAACUACUUCGAGAUCGAUGGAGUGUGGUAAAUUUCGAUAAUUUUCAUUUUUCAUUUAGCAAGAGCAAUUCAUUGACAGUCACCUUUUAUGACACUUAA